AUGCAGACUGCUUCUACAAACAUUUGUGAAAGACUGUGCAAUAAGUCCAUCAAUGAAAUUUCCUUGCUACUAAAUAUUCCACAGUCAACUGUUAGUGGUAAUGUAACAAAGUGGAAGCAACCGGGAACAACAGCAACUCAGCCACGAAGUGGUAGUCCACAUAAAAAUGACAGAGCAGGGUCAGUGUAUGCUGAAGUGCACAGUGCGCAGAUGUCACCAACUGUCUGCACAGUCAAUAGUUAAAGACCACCGAACUUCAUGUGGCCUUCAGAUGAUUAGCACAAAAACAGUGUGUGAGAACUUCAUGGAAUGGGUUUCCAUGACCAAGCAGCUGCCUCCAAGCCUUACAUCACCAAGUGCAAUGCAAAGCUUCGGAUGCAGUGGUGUAAAGUACGCUGCCACUGGACUCUAG